CUGGGGGCGUUCCCCAUGAUCCUUUGUGCUGCACCAAGCUGCUCCCAGUGCAUUGUGGGAGCCCUCUUGGGGAGUUAUGGGACGGCACUGCAAGACUAGGGGGUAGCCUGCGUUGCCAAUGCAAAAUCUAGGCCCCCCUCCCCACCCGCCAGCCAGGUCACCUCACCCGCCUCUCCCCCGUCGCCUGCCCGCCCAGCGCCCGCAUUGCCCACCACCCUCACCUGUGAAUUAACGAUGACCAAGAAUUAACCCCUCCCCCCGUGGCUGUCCAGGCAGGCCGAGGUGGGCACCGUGGCGCCAGGUGGUGCCAUGGAGACGGGCGCCGUGGCGACGGGGGCGCUGGACGAGUUUGCAGUCCCCGCGGAGGCCCGGGCAGCCGUCAUGGAGCAGCGGCCGCGCAUCGAGCGGCUCUUCGGCGUGGGGCUCAACGUGCUGGGGGUGCUGGGCGCCGGGCAGGGCCCGUCCCGCGCCCCAGGGGGCGCCGGGCAGAUCUGGCUGCAGCUGCAGGGCCCUCAGCACGACCUGCAGAGAGCAAAGCUUUUGUGCAGAAAUAUAAAUCCACCCUCAGACUGUACAGCAGCAAUGGAGUACAUCAAGGGGCUCUGCAGCCCGGAGUUGAGCCAGGAAGUCUGCUACCCUAAGGACAUGCAGUGCGUCUUUGUGGGAGCUCAAGGUCUCUUCCUGGACUGUCUCACUAAGGGGACCUCUGCCAACCUGGUCCUGCUCAGCCCAGGCUCCCUGCUGGUCUCAGGCCUAGCCGAGGCCUUCGUGAUGGCCCAGAGCCGCAUCCAGGAGUUCGUGGAGAAGUACCAGAAGACGCCCCGGCUACCGGAGGAGCAGGAGGCCCUGGUGAAGAAGGCCUUCCGGGAGCUGGUGGAGUCCCAUGACGACAAGCAUGCCAUAGACCUUCUUAUCCUGCCCACCCCGCUCAAGGAGGAGCUGCUCAGCCUAGUGCGGGACAUCCAGCAAGAAGCUGGGGAAUGGGAACCGAGGAAUGUACUGUGGGUGCCACCGGUCAUCAGUCAAGACCAGCCGCCGUGGUGGGAAGCCAAAGCGACAGGUGGGGCUAGGUCUCAGGGAUGGCCCCAGGACUUCUUUGACCUCAGUAGACCUCCAGAUCAGACCAGGCAUCAGGACUCCAGGUCUGGCAACCCAGGCAUUUCUCAGGACCAGGCAAAGCUGGGGGAGGAGGCCUCCGAGAGGCCAGUGCUUUACAAACGGUCGUCGAAGCCCAUCCCAGGUUUGGACGCCAGCCAGCAGGCUCAAGACUUGAUGUUUCCUGCCACCCAGGACAGGGUGAGAGAAGAGGAGGAAAGGGGGCCAGAGGAGAGCAGCCAGGAGGAGGAGGAGGAACUGUCGGCUGGGGCCCUGUCAUCAUCGUGGACAGAGAAGGAGUUCAAGAUGAGGCUGAACUUCUUCAAGACUAUGGGCUACGAGGAGCAGGUGGUGAAGAAGGUGCUGCUGGAAUGUGGGGUGCAGGAAGCCCCCUCAAAAAUCUUGGACAGGGUCCAGAUGGAGCAGGCCUCCUUCUCCCAGCAGGAGCAUGGCCCUGCACCCUUCCAGGAGCCCGGGGCAAGCGGGAUGUCUUCUCCUCCUCCUCCUCCUCCUCCUCCGCCACCAGAGACGACCCAAGAUGAACACGAAUACCUGCUGGAGGUCAUCAAGUCAGCAGCAGCCAACUGUGGCCACUCGCCCAGCGAGAUCCCAGCUGAGAUCUGGACAGGGGUCCCCUUGGCCGGCCUGCUGAGAAGGCUCAAUGAGAAAGCCAGCCACCAACAGGAGGCCAGGGUUAAAACUAGGCUGGAGCACAGAGGCAGCUGCAGAGAUGGAGAGCUGGCCCUCUCAAAUGGCAAGGAGUCUCCCCAGGGUCAACAUCACUGCGAACCAGGGAGGAAAGGCGGGUCUCCUAUCCACAGGGGAGUCCGUGGCCCACCUCCCCUCCCAGAAGGCUCCGAUUUCCCCAUGGAUGUGACCUCCGUAGCUUCCCCUGCAUGGGCUUCCGAGGAGAGCCAGCCAGCUGAGGACGUGUACCCAGUGCCAGUGGGCCCAGUGCCGACGGUGACUGGAGCCCAGCGGUUCAAGGAAGCCAUCCAGACACCCUUCAAGCUCAUUUUGGCCAACACGCCAGGGAAAAAGAACCUAAGGAGGGUCAUUAUCGAUGGCAGCAAUGUAGCCAUGGUGCACGGCUUACACCAGUUCUUCUCCUGCCGGGGCAUUGCUCUGGCUGUGCAGUAUUUCUGGGACCGUGGGCACCGGGAGGUGACGGUCUUUGUGCCGCAGUGGCGAAUGGAGAAGGUGGCCAGGGUGGAAGAGAAACAUUUCCUGACCCAGCUGCAGGACCUGAGUCUGCUGUCUCUGACGCCUUCACGUCAAGUGGCCGGGAAGCGCAUCACAUCCUAUGAUGACAGGUUCAUGCUCAGGCUGGCAGAGGAGACCAACGGGGUCAUCGUCACCAACGACCAGCUCCGGGACCUCAUGCAGGAGUCCAAGAAAUGGAUCAGAAUCAUCAAAGAGAGAUUGCUGCAGUUCACCUUUGUGGGGAACAUCUUCAUGGUUCCAGAUGACCCGCUGGGCCGAGAGGGUCCCACCUUGGAUGAAUUCCUGCAGAAACCCCUCAGCAGGCCGAAGCCUCCCACUUGUCACUCCUUUGCGGGGCGUGGGGGUCCCUUUCCCGCCCCCAGCCGGCCAGCCUCCCAGACGGAGGUGCUGCAGCUGCGGGACAGAAAGCCCCCUGGGGACCGGCGGCGGAGGAGACAGCCGCAGGAGGAAAAGGGAGAGGAGGAGGAGGUGGUACGGAAGCCGUGGGAGACUGAGCGGCUGAGGCAGGAGCUCCUGACAAUCUUCAUGGGUCAGGACCAGAAGGUGGACUUCGUCCUGCACAGAGAGCCCUGUAGCCGGGACCUGAACAAGCUCUCUGAAAACCUUCUGAGCCUCAACUUCUGAGAUGCCCACAUCAGCCACUGUUGACCCCCUGGGGUCUACCCUCAUUCUCCCACCAGCAGGGAUCACACCCACCAAAAUCCUAGCUGAACUUCAUUACCAGCAGUAAGCUAUUAACCUCCCACCUGGACCAGCUCUUUACGAGACAACCUUCCAUGGUGCAUCAUGAACAAGGUCUGACCUAAUGACCUUCAGGACCAAAAUCAUGGCCUUUGCCCCACAUAACUCCACUGGCUGGUAGCAGCAGAAAGCUGUUAUCCUCUCAUGUGGACAAGCCCCCCACCAAGUCACCAGGAGGGCUUGAACUCACAGCUGUCAGUGCUAAUAACCAUUGACCACAGCCAUCUGAGCUGCAGGAGUAAGCCCAUUAGCUGGUAGAAGUAGCAGGUUGUUAUCCUGUGUGAACCAGAAUGUUAUAUAGUAACUGGGUCACCAACCGGGAUUGAAGCCACAACGUUAAGUGCCAACAUCACAGACGGAGCUAAAGGUGCAACUGUCAUUGUCUGGUAGCAGUAGUAGAUAGUUAUCCUGUUCUGUCGAUCACACACGUUGCAGGUGGGUUACUCGCCACAUCUCUCUCCACUCAUUCCUCUGAGGUUGCGCCUGGCAUCUGAUCCAGGUACCCCACAGUUAGGACUUAGCCAAAUGCUGAAGGACCAUUUAUAGCUCAUCUAGGGUGCCUUCCCAGAGAGACACAUCCAGCAGCCCUUCUCUGGCCUGGGGAGAGAGAUUGCUGCAGCCGUGGGAGAAACCACCCGAACUUGUCUCAUCACCCAUGAUGGAGAAGGGACAGAUCAUGUGGUAUUUAUUUUGGAAAACUGACCGCUAUACCUGGAAGCUAUGACCAAAGCCACCCAUGGGAGAAGCGUUGGCUGAUCCUUCUCCAAGCCAACCAUUUGUGGUGGCAGUGGCAGCUUGAGGUUCACGAGACAACCUGGCAAUGUCCUCCAGACUCAGCCAAGCUUGAGACUCAGAGCCGGGCAGACAGAAUGCAAGUGGGUACGGUCUUCUUCAUCCUUCAUUGCAAUUGAUGGACGAGGAGGAAGAGGGAGUUGAUGAGGAAAGAAAGAUUGGAGGAGCCCAAGGUUGGGUCCAUACUUCUCCUCCUCUCACCUUGGCCUCUGCCCCCUCAGACCCAGUGAGCCUGUCACAUCCCCACCCAGAGUCCAUUCCACCGCACCAGCCCAAGGAGAUCUACAAGGCUCCUUGCAGGCAUCAUAGGAUACUGGCAAACAUGUCCUCCUGCUGCUGCAUGUAGAUUUCCUGUUCCAGGGACCUGUAGGAAGUCCAUAACUCCUGGCUUCCCCUCUGGUCUGUGCUGUAAGCCCACGAUACAUGGAUGCUUCUCCAAGUCCAUGCCCUACGCCCUAGAUCUACCUCUGCCUGGCUCUAGUGUCAACGAAGCAGAAUCUGUUCCAGGUGCCUCCGAGCCAGCGACGGGUGCAUUGUGGACCUUAAAGCAUGUGUCACUACGGCCUGAGCUCAAAGACGUCCUGGCUGUAGGGGGCUCAACAUCUCCUUGCUAGAGCUUCUCUCCAAGCUUUGGCCACCAUGCUUCCUCCUUGCUAGCCUGUCUCUUUCUGACCUUGGUCAGCUCGAGUCUUCUUCUCUCUGUCUCCUACCUCUUGCCCUCAGCCAGGCCAAAAAUCCCACUCAGGAGAGAGUCCCCUUCUUUGCUCUACCCAUCUUUCCUGGAGUCCCAGCUCCUUCAACAUCCUAUCCAUGUACUCCCUACAAAGUCCUCCAAGAUCUCAUCCCCCACCAGCCACACUCUCCCUAAGCCUCACCCCAUCUCAGCUCCAUGCUUGGAGAUGAUCUGACCCACUUGGCACAUCUUUCGUCUUCCUGCAAUCCAUUGGCGUUCUUCUAGCCAUGUCUCCUGCAUUCCCAUCCUCUAAGCCUUGUGUUCUCCACUUUUCUUAUCUUGUCUCUAUCUCACCAAAGCUGAGGGCUCGGCGGGUCAUUACCCAGCCUUAUCGACCUUUAUACAUUCAGCAGCUAUUUAUGUAAAUAUGUUUUUUUGAUAAUAACGAUGAUAAAUAAAUGGCGGGGCCCUGUGUGAUAAAACUGCAUUUUCGUCACCCCAAAAUUCAGAGGCUCUGAGGUUGUGGGAUACAAUUCAGGGUAACCACUGCUCAUUGCUCCCCUCCCAGAGCUGGGGAUAGAACCCAGGAGUCCUGACUCCUAAUCUAGCACCGCAAAUGUCAGACCACCCACAUGUCCUGGAUACGUCUAUUUCAGUAAAAGCAGCAAAGAAUCCUGUGGCACCUUAUAGACUAACAGACGUUUAGGAGCAUGAGCUUUCAUGGGUGAAUACCCACUUCGUCGGAUGCAAGUCCUAUUUCUAUUUCAGUGUAAACCUGGAGCAACACCACUGCAGUCAAUGGGUGAUUCCAGAUGGAUGCCAGGGGGGAGGGGAGGGAGGGGGAGCUGAGAUCUGAAUCUAGCCCUGAUCCCAAUGCAGUCAGGAGUGAUUCUGGAUUGACUCAGGGGGAGCUGAAAUCACACCAGGAUGGGGAACCUAGGGGGUCUGUUUGAGCCCCUCCCCUCCUCAGGAGACAUGGGAGGGCACCAGCUCCCAGGACAAACCUAGUACCCUAGUCGCAGACAGGAUAUUCUCUGUGUCCCCAGAGAGCAAGGGCCCCCCUUGGCACAUGGUUCGCACCCCACACCCUCCUGAUGGGCCCUGUUUAGAUGGGAUGGAGAUGCCUGAACACAGGGUGGAGGGUAAGGCAGCUAAAUUGCCGGGUGAUGGGAUGGAUGGAGGGGGAGAGAGGCAAAUUAUGUGUGUUGGGGUAGCUCAGUGAGGGGAAAGCAGUGGACGUGUUAUUCCUUGACUUUAGCAAAGCUUUUGAUGUGGACUCCCACAGUAUUCUUGCCAGCAAGUUAAAGAAGUAUGGGCUGGAUGAAUGGACUAUAAGGUAGAUAGAAAGCUGGCUAGACUGUUGGUCUCAACAGGUAGUGAUGAAGGGCUCCAUGUCUAGUUGGCAGCUGGUAUCAAGUGGAGCACCUCAAGGGUCGAU